AGUGUGACACCGGGCCUGUGGGAGGCGGUAUGGUUCAGUUCAGGCGCUUCAGACGAGAAGAAGAGACGAAUCUUCCCCGCCAUAAACACUUUGGUUAGAAGAGCCAGUUUGUUUAUGUUUUGUUUAAUGUAAUUAUCUAACUCUGAGAGUUACAGGGAGCGUGGCGCUCUUCUCGGAUUUAUAUAUAUAUAUGUGAUGUGUGAACAGUGCGGUGUAAUGCGGUUACAGGGCUCGGUAACGGUCAGUGAGAGGAGAUAAUCAGUGUGUAGGGUUUUACCGGGCUCUGCUGCUGUCAGGGAUGGUCUGAAUGGCAGCUGCGGGCAACGGAUCAGCAGGAGCCGGACUGAGGACUGCUUUAGAGCAGCUCUGCUCCUCCAGGACCCUCCGCCUCAAACCCGAGAGACCCGUCUGUGCGGCCGUUAUCGGACUGGACAGGUACUUGGCUGAUGAGAGAAGUUCAGACAGCUACAGCUAUGAUGUUACGUUAACGGACGGCACGUGGCGGGUGAAGUGUCUCCUCAGCUCAGAACUGCAUCACCUGGUCCAGAAGAACACACUGCGCUGCGGCUGCCGUGUUUCCGUUACACACCUUUCAUUUGUGUAUGAUGAGAGGAGGCUGGGCCAAAGCUAUGUGUGUUUAGAGGAGCUUGAAUGUGAAGAUGAGGAUGCUGGGAUUUUGUCCUCUGUGAAAGACUUGCGUGCUCUUCAGUGGUGGAUGCGGGAUGGUAUCGGAAGCUCAGUUAUUUGGCAUGUUGAUGCACCUCUGCAGAGUGGUAGGAAACAUUAUUUAUCAUUAUGGAACAAUGAAGAUCCUCAUGGCGGAGUGUGGAUUCCCAAUUCUCCUCCAGCAGAUGUAGUGAUUGAUGUUUCUAAAAUCUGUCUUCUGGGAGACCUUGAUGCGUUUAUUGCAUCUUCCAGACGACCGCUCCCUCUGCUGGUCAGAGUGCUGCACAGGUCCCGUUUACGGUACUAUGGAAAACCUGGACAGAAUAUAGACUACCCUUUUCAGGCAUAUUUUGAGGUGGCAGAUCAGAGCGGGGUGAUGUCCAUGGUGCUGUGGAAUGAUCUGUGUCCAGAGUGGUACCACAGGCUGGUGGUGGGAUCAGUCCUGUAUCUGCAGAACUACUCACUGAAGAAGAGCUACCAGAAUCGCUCCAGACCCCAAAUCAGCUCACUGCCCCUCAUCAGCUUCACCGACAUAGAGAUUUGCUUGAACCCUCGGAAUCCUUCAGCUAUCGUGACUGUGAUUCCUCCUAAAAGUGUCCAGCCGCAGUGGAGCUUACCUGACGUCUCCUAUAACUUCUGUACCAGGUCUGAAAUUGAAAAUCUAGCAAGCAACCAGGCCUGUGACAUCAUUGGACUGGUGACCUUCGUUGGUCGUGUUGAACGAAUCAGAAACAAGGGGAAUACCAUCCCUGAGAAAUUCUGGACGUAUCGCUGGGUCCACGCUGUGGAUGGAACCUCAGACUCUCCUUUCAUUCUAGAGAUUUUUGCCUCCUCCCAGCCAGACAUCUUCAACAACAUCUGUCCAAUGACAUAUCUGGUAUGCACUCAAAUGAGAGUGUGUCGGGAGGCGGGUUGCGCUGUUUAUUUGACUAGCAGUGCUGAGACUCAGCUCUUCAUCACAGGCUGUCACAAGAAGCAGCCGUAUGUCUCAGACCCGAAAGUGAAAGCCUUUAUCCAGUGGACCAAGACACUGAAGGAUAGUGUAAUAUUAAGGAAGACAGCAGUGGGGGGGCAUUACUGUUAUCCCCCUCCUUCACCCACCUUUACACCGUACAACAACACUGCCAACAACACAACCAGUCCAGCAGGGUCUCCUACGUUGAAGGCAGUAGCUGACCUGCAGGUGGAAAUGGAGAACUUGCAGUACAGGGAGUGCAAGAGAGUGACCAUUCAGGGUCACAUCACUGCAAUGCAUUACCACCGCUGGCCUCCGGAGGUGCUGCAGUCCUCAGGAGUUAAUGGCACGCAGAGGAACCGACAGUCAAAAAGUGCUUCAGUAGCUGCCCCAUCCUCUACUACGGACAACAUGCUGCAAACAGAAUUACCCUCAACGCCUCCCCCUAGUGACAGCACAACUUCUUCCAAACGCAGGAGACUCGAGCAAGGGGAAAAGGCAGUGCAGAGGCAGUACAUGACCAGAGCUAAGGCACAGUCAGGAAGACAAGAGGAAGAGCAGGGUGAUGAAGAGGAGUGUGUUAAAGGGCAGUCUCCUGAGACAACAGACAGCAGUGAGGCCACAAGUGCUCCUGACACAGAACCAGCUGUUGCUCACAGUAGUGCAUCAUGGGAGAGCAGCGAUUGGGCAAUACUAAAGCACAGUGUGGCCAAUCGCAUCAGAUGCUGCUCUCUGAAUCCAGAGAGUGUUUCAGAAAAGUUCUGCUUUGAUGACAGAGACUCUCUUCUUCAAAGGAUCAACCUUAGCCCUUCGAGAUGGAGUCCAGACCUACCAAUUAACACUCAACUCAACACACUCACACCUGUGGACUGUGCAGGGUACUUCACGCUCACAGUACUGGGACUGAAUCAGCAGGCUGCAGUAGAUGCUCUCUUCGUUCCUGUACUUUCUCCUGAGGAUCCCCGAGCGGUUGGAAAGUUGGCCGCUCCUAAUGACAACACACUGAUGUCAGGCCUUUCUACAGGUCAUGGGUGUGUUCAGGCCGGUGGUGUCCAUUUUUCUCCAGAGGCAUUACUGAGCUCGGCUGCAGCUUUAGAAGAUGAGAGGCUGGUGUGUGUGCUGGAUAUGUGUUUGCUUGGUCAAAACAAAGUUGAGAUCAUCUGCUCUAAGCUGUACAGGACAGCAGACAUCACACCUGUGUAGCUCUCACACACACAAAGGACACCCUAUUGACUAUUUCUCCCUCAAAAUAAUUUAGUAUACAUUUAAUAAAAUGUAAAAAAAAAAAAAUAAUGUUUUUGGUAACUCUGGAGAAAUAAUUUAUUACUUUUGUCUGUUAAGGGUUUGUUGCACUGUAGAAAACAAACGAAAAACUCUAUGCCUAUUUUCCUGAUUUGUGAUCAUCAGCCCUUUGCUUAAAGGCAAGUUUUGAGUAAUGUACAUUGUUUAUAAGAAAUGUCUCAUUUUAUUGCUUUUAGAAAUGAAAUCAUGGUCAAUCUUAUUUGCCCUUUUUUCUUUACAAAAAACUUUUUAAUGUCAAAGUGAAAACAGAUUUGUACUGAAUCUUUUCAAAUAAAAGUAUAUAUUGUUAAAUAUGUGAUUGCAUAAAUAUUUACUCUCUUGUAGAAUUUUUACCGUAUGAUUCUUUUUCUUUUUUUUUUAUUUCAGCCCACAUUUUAAGAGCUUGGAUGUUCCUGUUGAUUGUUAAUCAUGUAAUUAAAAAAAAACACAAAUUAUAUAUGUGUGUGUGUUAACAUAAGUGGUCUAACUGCAUAAUGCAACAAAUUAAAAAUAACUAUUUUAGUA